CGACGCACGCGGCCACGCCCCUCUCAUUAAUAUGCACCGCAUGAGCUAGUUCCGCAGUUUAUAAAGCGCCGCCCCCUCGAACGCGCCACCGCUGCGGAUCAGCUCUGUUCCUGACAUCACAUCAGCUCAGCUUUAACCUAAAUACAUCCUACAGGGAGAAAAUGGCAUCCACAAAGGAGAAGCUGAUUGCCCACGUGAGCACCGAGCAGCCAGUGGGCUGCACCAACAAGGUGACUGUGGUUGGUGUUGGCAUGGUGGGCAUGGCCGCUGCCAUCAGCAUCCUGCUCAAGGACAUUACUGAUGAGCUGGCCCUGGUUGAUGUGAUAGAGGACAAGCUGAAGGGAGAGGCUAUGGACCUGCAGCAUGGCAGUCUCUUCCUCAAGACUCAUAAAAUCGUGGCUGACAAAGACUACAGCGUGACUGCCAACUCGAAGGUCGUGGUGGUGACCGCUGGGGCUCGCCAGCAGGAGGGAGAGAGCAGGCUGAACCUGGUGCAGAGGAAUGUCAACAUCUUUAAGUUUAUCAUUCCUAAUAUUGUGAAGUACAGCCCCAACUGUAUCAUCCUGGUGGUGUCCAACCCAGUUGAUAUCCUGACCUAUGUGGCAUGGAAGCUGAGUGGCCUUCCCAGGAACCGUGUGAUUGGUAGCGGCACCAACCUGGACUCUGCUCGGUUCCGCUUCCUGAUGGGUGAGAAACUGGGUCUGCACCCGUCUAGCUGCCACGGCUGGGUGAUUGGAGAGCAUGGAGACUCCAGCGUGCCUGUAUGGAGUGGCGUGAAUGUAGCUGGUGUUUCCUUGCAGGGCCUCAACCCAGACAUGGGUACAGACAAGGACAAGGAUGAUUGGAAGAAUGUCCACAAAAUGGUGGUCGACAGUGCAUAUGAGGUCAUCAAGCUGAAGGGCUACACAUCCUGGGCUAUCGGCAUGUCUGUAGCUGAUCUGUGUGAGAGCAUCCUGAAGAACCUACGCAAAUGCCACCCAGUGUCCACCCUGGUCAAGGGACUGCACGGUGUGAAUGAGGAAGUUUUCCUGAGCGUGCCCUGCAUCCUGGGCAGCAGCGGCCUGACUGACGUGGUGAAGAUGACCCUGAAACAGGAUGAGGAGAAGCAGCUGAUAAAGAGUGCCGAAACCCUGUGGGGUGUGCAGAAGGAGCUGACCUUAUGAACUGUAGCUCCACUCAAAAGUGAUGCCCCAACAUGUUUAACACUUUCCCUGAUCCAGUCCUCAACCCUUUAGAGCUGAUCCGAUGUCUCCAAGCAGAACUCGGACCCAUAGACCUACACACUCCUCACUAUAACUUUAGAGGAGGAUAGAUAUUUAAUGUAGUUUUAAAUGAAAUGAGUAAUGAGAGUCAUCUAUUAUGGUCUUUUGUGAAAGUGAGUGUUUGUGUGCAUGGGUGUUAAUGCUUCAUGUUGUCCUUUGUAUCCCUGAUGGUAUGAUUUUCGAAAGUAAUAUAUUUGUGAGCAGGAUGGCUGGCCAGUUUGGGUUUCUGUAUGGUGUAAGUGUGCAUUCUGAGCUUAACAGGCAUUCCAUCCCAUUUUCUUCCCAAAACAAUCCACAAGAGCACUUCCUGUCAAUCCAAAACUGCAUUGUAUGUUUAGUGAAAUGCCAGCACCUGUAUUAAGGCAUUUUCAUACACAAAAUCAAUCAAGUGCUCUGAUGCACAUUUUUAUUGAAGUAAAAAUAUGAGGUUAUGAGACUAUGGGAUCAGUGGUAAACUAACAGUGGAAAUAAAUACUGGAGACUCAAAUUAUGUUGUGGCUCAUUUUAACUUUGGCAGUACAAUCAGUGAAAGUUCAAGUAUGUCUGAAAUGGGUUGUUCGUGCAACAUUCACACCUACUUGUGAUAUGUGCACAUUUUCUCAUUUGCAAAGAUUAUUUUUUAUAUUUGUUCCUGUGAACUGAAAUGGGCUUCUGUAAAAUGGUGUUCAUAGUGGCAUUUUACUCAGACAUGGGGCUAAAAGUGGAACAUGGUGUGGUAUAGCUACCUAGCAUCUCACUCCUAACUCCUUUCACUUCCAAAUAAAGUUUUAACUGUACAAAAUA